CUCAUUCAGUAGGAGAAAGUAGGAGUGGAGCAGUUGGUGCACGGAGCGGGGAACUAUUGCUGGCUGUGGGAAAGUAAACAGCACAGAGCAUUCGCUGCCCUAACAGAGGCCUCACUUCAGAAGCAGCGGAAGUAGCUGGAGAUAAAUGAAGGAUGAGGAUGUGCUCUAGAAGACAGCUCAUUUCGUAGCAGGAAGUGCAUGGGAGGUUUUUGGGAUUAAAGUCCCUCUUGGGAGGUACUGAAGCUUUCCUGUGGAAUUACUACUGAGGAGAAAAAGACUGCCCUGUUUUAUAGAGCCUAUGUCCACACCAUCUCAUCAGCAGCGGGAGAAGGAUGAGGAAGAGAAGAGACCUAAAUUUGAAGACAGUUAUGUAGACACUGGACAACUAAAGGGCAGUACUGCGUCUGAAGACAGGAUUACAGUCAAAUACAAUGAACCUCAAACACAUUCAACUGAACUGGACAUGACUUUGGAAUACAAUUCAGAUAAAGUUUCCCAAGACAACGUCACUGGUGCCCCUGCUAGUCAGGAUAACAGCAGUAGCUAUUGUAACCCAAACAUUAAGAGAGAUCAAGCUUCCACAGCAUUGGGUGCAUCAGAAAACUUAAAAGAGGAAGAUCACUGCACUGCGGUGAAGACCAAAAGGCAGACAUGCACUCUGGAACAUAAUGCAGGAGUAGAGGAAAUCAGACACAACCCGGUUCAAAAUGCUGAAGGUGAGCCCUCUGGUGACCUGGAACACCAGACCGCUAGUCCAGAGGUGAUCUAUGACGAUGUCCCAUACGAGGAUCUAUCUCCAGAAGUUGACUUGAUCUAUGAGGACGUUCAAAGAGAGGAGGGUCAACAUGGGCCCAAUAAUGACUCGAGCUCAAGUGAAUUUGAAAGCUAUGACGAGCAGUCUGACUCUGAGAGGGCCACAACCCGCAGUAAGCUCUCCCCCGAUGUUCAACGACUGAGAGAACGUUACACCAGGACCAAAAAGGAGCUAGCCAUGAGACUGGGGGGCAGACAUCAGGUCCACCAGCUGAUGCAGGCGGCACGUAGCGGAACGAAAGAUGGCCUGGAGAAGACCAGAAUGGCGGUGAUGAGAAGAGUCUCAUUCUUGCAUAAAAAGGAGCACUCAGAUGACACCGAGGAUGAUACAGGGUACUUGGAUGUGAUGGUUUCGGAGGCAAAACACCCACCUGCACAGCUGGGACCAAUGCCAGAUGGACUUAGCAGCCAACAGAUUGUCCGCCGCCACAUUUUGAGCUCCAUUGUGCAAAGUGAGAGGAGUUACCUGUACUCCCUAAAACGGAUCUUACAGGAAUACCAGCGUCCUUUGAUGGAGGCAGAGCCUCGGAUCCUCAGCAUCAGGAAAAUCCGUCCCAUGUUUUUCCGUCUGAGGGAAAUCACGCAGUGCCACUCCAUGUUCCAGAUUGCCCUGUCCUCUCGGGUGGCCGAAUGGGACACUAGUGAAAAGAUUGGCGACCUAUUUGUAGCUUCAUUCUCAAAGUCCAUGGUGCUGGAUGUAUACAGUGAUUACGUCAAUAACUUCACCAAUGCCAUGGCCCUCAUUAAGAAAGCCUGCAUGUCUAAACGCUUUCUAGAGUUCCUUAAGAAAAAGCAGGCAUCCAGCGUUGACCGCAUAACCCUCUACGGUCUGAUGGUGAAGCCCAUUCAGCGAUUUCCUCAGUUCAUCCUUCUCCUGCAGGACAUGCUGAAGAACACCCCCGCUGGUCAUGUAGACAGGCUGCCCCUGCAAUUGGCUCUGACUGAAUUGGAGACCCUCGCUGAGAAACUGAAUGAGCAGAAAAGGGUGGCUGAUCAGAUCACUGAGACGCAACAGCUCGCUCGCUGUGUCAGUGACCGCACACUCAGCAAGCUGCUGAACUCGGAGCAGAGCUCUUUGAUCCUGUGCGAGACCCUGAUUGAGACGGUGUACGGCGAACGCGGACAGGUCCUCAAGUCGAAGGAGAGGAAAGUCUUUCUCUUCGGUGACAUGCUCAUCUGCGCCAACAUCAAUGUCAAGGGGCCUCCUGACAUCAGCAGUCUGGUACCAGUGGGGCCCAAGUACACCAUGAAAUGGAGUGCCCCCUUGCAACAGGUUCAGGUAGUCGAGGUUGGCCAAGAAGGCUCCCAAAGCAAGGACGCUCUUUAUCAACUCGGAGGCGUUAAGCGUCCCGGCAGUUCUUCAGGAGCAGGAAGCAUCAUUUUGGGUCCGCCCCGUCUGUAUCAGGAGCUCCAGGAGCUUCAACACGACCUGUCGGUGGUGGAACAGGUCACCCUGUUGGUGGGGACUUUACAGGGAACCUAUCAGAAUCUGAACACCACAGUAGCGCAGGACUGGUGUUUGGCACUACAGAGGCUUAUCUGCAUCAAAGAGGACCAGAUCCAGAGUGCCAACAAAUGCCGUUUACGAUUGCAAGUCCCUGGCAGACCAGACAAGUCUGGCCGUCCUGUGAGCUUUACGGUGGUCUUCAACACUCCAAGCCCCCUCAGCAAGAUCUCCUGGGUUAACCGGUUACAUCUAGCCAAGAUAGCACUGAGGGAGGAGAACACACCAGGUUGGCUCUCUGCAGAAGAUGAUGGGAAGACAAAGGCUCCAUUCUGCUGUCCACUGUUCGCUUGUCGCAUGUCUGUAUUAUCUUCAAAAGCCCAGGAAUGGAAGCUCGAGGCUGCUCUUCAUAAUCCUGUCCAGUGUGCUUUACUUGGUUUCUCAGCUGCAAGCACUUCCCUUCCUCAAGGCUACCUGUGGGUAGCUGCUGGAGGUGAUUCAACUCAAGGCCAGGUAGAUAUCUUCUCCCUGAACCGACCCACACCUCGGCCCGUGAAAACCGUCCAGAUGGGAUCUCGAGUGUGGUGUUUGGAAUACGUUCCUGAGCCCACACCUUCAGAGGACAAUGAAACUGUUCCUUACAACCCCACUGGAGUCGGAAAUACAAUCUGUGCAGGUCUUGAUGAUGGAAGCAUCCAGGUGUACGGCAGCAUGGACACGGCUGCUCAGUGUCUUCUGACCCUGCGUAACCCCGAGGGCUGUCCAGUCCUGUGUCUGAAGCAUUCGGGAAACUUCCUGUUUGCUGGCCUGAGGGAUGGAACGCUGAUUGUGUACAAGAGACAUGACGGAGGGGAACUGUGGAAUCCAGACACUUGUAGAAAAGUAAAAGUCGGUCCAGAUCCUGUGAGGACGCUGCUGGCUUUGGAGGACUCUGUCUGGACAAGCUGUGCUAACACAGUUACUGUGGUUCAAAGGUCCAGUCUAUCCACGCAGAUAUUUGAGGUCCACCAGGAACCAAUGGUGAGCGUGGCACACAUGGUACGAGCCGGAGGUGGGGUGUGGAUGGCCUUCUCAGAGGGUUCCUCCAUACGACUCUUCCAUACGGAGACACUGGAGCACCUGCAGGAGAUCAAUGUUUCUACACCCUCCUCUUUCCACAACCCCAGUCAGAAGAGCCUGAGAGUCACCAGUCUGAUGAUUUGCAAGGGGUUGUUGUGGGUGGGCACUUCCCAGGGUAUAAUCAUCACCCUGCCAGUGCCCAAACUGGAGGGUAUCCCAAAAAUUACAGGUAAAGGCAUGAUGUCUCUCAAUGCUCACUCUGGACCUGUGGAUUUCUUAGUUGCCAUUUCCAGCACUUUGUCCCCGAAUCUUCUAAAGCGAGAUUCUGUGGUGGAAGGCCCUGAUUCUGCAUGCGGGGCGGAGGAUCGGAGUGACUCCUCCCAGGAAUCUCUCCGGCAGCCUUGUAUUUCCACCCACACGGAUGGCAAAGCAAAGGGUCGGGGAGUGUUGCUACAGUAUCGCCUCCGUUCGACCUCAUUGUUGCCUGGACGACCAUUAACCGCACGAGGGGACGAAGCAUCGAACACAUCUUUAGAAUCUCUGGAACACAGUAUGGAGGACGGCUCUAUUUACGAACUCAGCGACGACCCGGACAUGUGGGUCAAAGGUCGGCCUUGCCAGAGGGACGGGGCGAGGAGGGAUCGGGUCACCUCGGUAGCGGUGAUUUCAGGGGGGAGGGGUUUUCGCAGACUGAAGGAAGCUUCACAGGGUGCCAGCUCAGAAAAUACUCUUAUGAUAUGGCAGCUUCCUCUUACUGUUUGAGUCAUGUUAACUUCACAAACAGUAUGUGGUGCAAAAUGCGAGUCUCAGGAUUUUACCGUACAUUAUUAUAGGGGAAAUAAAAUGCCUGGGGAUAUCAAGACAACAAGGUUAUGGAAAGAAUAUCCUCUCAUUGGUCACUGUAGCAGGAAUGUGUUUCCUUAUUCGUGAUGGUUCCCGAUUCCUCUAUUUAACACGGCGGUUCAACAUAAUCAGGACCUUGACUAUUCAAACCGAAUAUUUCCUUGAGGGUAGUAGUGAGGUCAACCUUUAGUGAAUCAUUUUCUUUGGAAUUUACCAAGCUACAGAGCUGCUGUGGGGUCUCUUUAUUCUCUGGUGUCUGAAAGAAUCAUAUCAGCAGAACAUGAACAGCCAAGUGAAAGGGUUUUCUACGCUUCCUUGCUGAUUUUUUUCUCACCCUGUGACUCUUGAUAAUGUGAACCCACGAUUCUUGUUGAAAGUUGAGUCCGGUCAUGUCAGAACCGUGAGUGUUAACCCUCACAAAACGGUUUCGAGAUGUCACAUUUCUAUUAUAGGGUUAAAGCCCAAAAACGUUUUUGUCCUCAGACAUGACCGGACAAUUUUCACCAUAUGGCAGUUUCUAUCAUCUACUUAAACUCGCUAUUACUUAACAAGCAGAUUCAUUACACACAAGCACUGCUACUUACAGGAAAGUUGUGGAUCUACAAGGCUUAUGAUGUUUAUUUGGUCUUGUUUAAGAGAUAUACACUGCUGAUAUUUGUGUAGCACUGCAUCUGUGAACUGCAGUUGGGAUUAUAUUUUGAUUCAGCACACAGGGUCCACAUUGAACAGAUUCAACAGUCACCUAUCACAAAUUGUUCCAGAUACCUGUUAUAUAAAAGGGAAUACAUUGUACAUUGUUUUUUAGCAAAUAAAUAAAAAAUACAUUAAUGAGUAAAAGUAUGACUUUAAUGAACAAUUACCUACCUUUCAGAUGUUACUGAGCCUUUACCGAGUAAACAAAAUUGAUAUUUGUAUUUUACUGAAUCAUGUGGUUUAUUGAGGAAAAUAAACUCACAGAUUCAGAGAUUUCAGAAAUAGCUACUGAAUAGUUGUUUUUUCAUCCGAAUGUUGUCAUUGAUUUUUCACAGAAUUUAACGUUAUGAAUGUAUGAAAUAUAUGAUUUGUUCUGGUACAGCAAGCUUUUGUCUUAACUUGUUUUUUAUUUGCAUUUUAAAACAUUAAACAUUUAUGAAGGUCAUAAUAUGCAACUGAAUAUAAUAACCGUGUUUACAAUAGUAAGUCAUUAUUUGAAUUUGACAUUUUAAAGUUGAAGUUUAACAUGAAUAAUACCAAUUGUACAUUAGUCAUGCAUAUAAUGUAACUACUUGAAGUUUUCAUUUGUUUCCUUAAUGCACUGAAGGAAUUGUUUUUGGCUAAUAAAGUUUUAGGUCUUU